GCAAUAGUUAUGGGUUUUGAGGCUGUGAGAGUGGGAAAAAAAUACCAUUAUAAAAAGCAAACAGCAUGAGGGAGAGUGAGAACUGAGAACAGAGCACCCUCACAGUGUUUAGCUCUUACAGAACAAAACACACAUUCUCCCUUUUUCUCUCGCUCUUCAUUCCAUUCUUUCUUUCUUUCAACACUUACAGUUUUACAUGCCUCAUUUUCUUAGCACAAUGUUCUGUGCUUUUUGUGGCGUUUAAUUUGCUACCAUUCAUUCCAGCUUAGCCUCCAUUCCUUUUUCUUUACCAAAGUUGGUUCUUUUGCUUAGUUCCACUUCAUCUCAAUCAAGUGAGGUUUGUCCUUAAACACCUCCAUUCUCCAUUUUUUUUUGUUUCAAAUGGAUACGUUUCAAGAAGCAGAUGUUACUUCCCAAAUUGGGUUGGUUUGGAGCCAAAUCAGAGAGCCACUGAUUGUGCCACUGCUGAGGGUGUCAGUGUUUCUGUGCUUGGCCAUGUCACUGAUGAUGUUUGUUGAGAGGGUUUACAUGAGCAUUGUGAUUUGUUUGGUGAAGAUGUUUGGUCAAAAACCAGAGAAGCGUUACAAAUGGGAGCCUGUGAAGGAUGAUGUUGAGCUUGGAAACUCUACUUACCCAAUGGUUCUUGUUCAAGUUCCUAUGUACAACGAAAGAGAGGUUUAUCAGCUGUCCAUUGGAGCAGCAUGUGGCCUUUCUUGGCCUUCAGAUAGGAUCAUCAUACAAAUUCUUGAUGACUCCACUGACCCAACAAUCAAGGAGUUGGUGAAGGUUGAAUGCAGUAGAUGGAGAAGCAAAGGGGUGAAUAUAAAGUAUGAGGUGAGGGAUAACAGAAGUGGGUACAAAGCAGGUGCUCUUAAAGAGGGAAUGAAACGCAGCUACGUGAGCCAAUGUGAUUAUGUUGCCAUCUUUGAUGCUGAUUUUCAACCACAACCUGAUUUCCUCUGGCGCACCAUUCCAUUCCUUGCCAACAAUCCUCAACUAGCUCUUGUUCAGGCGCGCUGGAAGUUUGUGAAUGCCGAUGAAUGUUUGAUGACCAGGAUGCAAGAAAUGUCACUAGAUUACCAUUUCACAGUGGAACAAGAAGUGGGGUCUUCAACUUUCGCCUUCUUUGGGUUCAAUGGAACUGCUGGAGUAUGGAGAAUUUCGGCACUGAAUGAGGCAGGUGGAUGGAAGGAAAGGACCACAGUGGAAGACAUGGACCUGGCUGUAAGAGCCAGUCUCAAAGGAUGGAAAUUCUUAUACCUGUCCAAUCUACAGGUUAAAAAUGAACUACCAAGCACAUUGAAGGCCUAUCGCUACCAACAGCACCGGUGGUCUUGUGGGCCAGCAAAUCUUUUCAGGAAAAUGGUCAUGGAGAUUAUAACAAACAAGAAAGUGUCUUUGUGGAAGAAGAUUCAUGUGAUUUACAGCUUCUUCUUUGUUCGGAAAGUGGUGGCACACAUCAACACCUUUUUGUUCUACUGCAUUGUGUUACCUGCAACAGUUUUGGUGCCUGAGGUCGUGGUCCCCAAGUGGGGUUCUGUGUAUAUCCCUUCCAUCAUCACUCUUCUAAAUGCAGUUGGAACUCCAAGGUCGCUUCAUUUAAUGGUGUUCUGGAUUCUCUUUGAGAAUACCAUGUCUCUGCAUCGAACAAAGGGAACAGUUAUCGGUCUACUAGAGGCUACAAGAGUGAAUGAAUGGGUUGUCACUGAAAAACUUGGAGAUGCUCUCAAGGGUAAAGGUGGAGGUAAAACAUUCAAGACGCUUAGAUUUAGGAUUGGAGACAGGAUUCACAUGUUAGAAUUACUUAUUGGAUUCUACCUCUUCUUCUGUGGCUGCUAUGAUCUUAUGUUCGGGAAAAACCACUUCUUCAUAUUCCUAUAUAUCCAAGCAUUUGCUUUCUUCAUCAUGGCAUUUGGAUAUAUUGGCACUUUUGUUCCCAACUCCUAGAACUUCAGCAAUUGUGGCUUGUGCCUGAUAUGUAUCUAUAUUUGUAGUAAUUUAGUGUUCAGAGCAUCAAUUACAUUAGAAGUUUAAGCUUGUUAGUUUUCUUCAAGCUUCUGCAUAAACAAGAGUCAGUGACUCGAAACAAUACUUUUUUGUGAAUAUUAAGCUAAGAUACAUGAAGAAAUUAGUCAAAUUACAGAAGUUGUUAUCUCAUGGAAGUGAAGCAUACAGAAAAGGAACACAACAGUCUACAGGCAUUGGUCUUCCCUGCAGCAAACACCUUUGAUUGCAAGAUUGUUUUAAGAUUUUACAUUGUAUUUGUUUGAAGAAAUAAGCAAAUUCAAGAAAUGGGAUAGAUUACACAAA